AAAAGAUUAUCCGCACACUUGUCGACAAUAGCUUCAACUUUCAGUCUUUAUCAUGACCUCACUCUUGUUCCCCACCUCAGACCACCCCGCAGGGGCAAGGAGAAAACCAGAUUAUGCCCCGUUCAUGAGCGACGUCGCCCGUGCCGCAUCUGAUGCUGCGGAUGCUUUGAACCUCUUCCGCAGGCUGGUCGAAGGCACUGUUAGUGGGGCAGAUUCGGCAGGAUUCAUGGCCUUCGAUGCUCAUGGAGGCGAUACUGGCUGCCAACUUCGGGCCGGAAUGAUGCUAGAGAUAUUCAUUCUUCAUCGGUACUUCUUCACAGAUAUGCCAGAUACCUGGAAAAGCGUACGGCUCUGGAUCGAUGAGUCUACAACCAAACUUCAACUAGUCCAUGAGAACGCCAAGCUCGCUUGUAUGAACCUGAUUAGAGACAAGGUCCAUCCGAAUAGGAUUGGACUUUCCACGACUGAAGAUACGCCCGAGAAUAUGCUUAGAGUUCUUGGGUGGGAGAUUGGGUCCGAAGCACCGUCCCUGGCCAGCACCAUCCGUCAGUCCCUCGACGUAAAAGAGAAUGAAGCUUUGAAAAGAUCUUCUGUCCUCUUCCAUCAUUUUUCAGCCGCUAACACAACUCGGACUGAUGGACUGCCUCUCGUGACGGCAUGGGAUCCACUCAGCAUCCAUACAGUCGCCCGGUUUGUAGUUUUCUGCUACGUCCUAUCCAAAUAUAAGAUCUUCUCGAUUGUCAACGGCACAGUUGGUGCACGCUUGGCACCUGAGAAUGCUGCAGAAGCGUCAUACAGUUUCAUCCGGCCUUACACAGACAAAAAGAAGCGGCCAGGGAAGCCACAGAGGACCCUGAGGGAGCUCGCCGAACUGCAGUCCUGGCUCUCUGAUUUGAGCUGCGCGUGGCAGCGCUCGUUGGCACAGCGCUCAAUUCAGACUAUAGAUAUGGAAAGGCGAGUAAACGCUAGUAUUUCACAACAGUGGGAGUGCUUGCUAACACAUCCCAGACUUAUCAUGAGCAGUGUGCAGCAGUCUGACAAGGGUCUCGUUUCCAUGGCGUGCUAUCCCGGAUAUCUUCUCGCAAGAGAAACGUGGGCUAGUAUGAACUUCACACUGCUACUAAUCGACCGGCACUUCUGUAAUGAUAGCGGCUUCCACUAUAAUGUCUUCACUGCCACCAUGGGGUCUCCGACCUUGACAUGUCCAUGCCAUCUACACCCACUCGGCCUCAAGGUUACCUGGGCGCUAAACCAAAUUAGCCUAGAGGAGCUUAUUAACGAUGCAGAUUCCAUUCGGCCUCACCUCGUAAUCAUGGGUAAUAGUAUCAACGGAGGUCAUGCCGAGUACAUGCAGCGCUUUGCAGACAAGGCCAGGCCACAUAAUUGCCCUACAGGCGUACCGUGCACAGAGAAUGAAGCGCAUGUUAAAAAGCUUUUGGAGGCGGAUCACGAUCGUCUUGCGCUUUCGUUCUUCGCCUCGCACAAGGCUUACGCCUUCCCAGUCUCCGAUAAGGACGGCAGGGAGAGUGAUAGUGAUCACCCUGAAAUCGCAUUCGUCGAACGUCGUAUGGACACCUGGGCUGACACUAUUGAAUUAUAUGUCGGAGGCAAGGUCGCAGCACCCGCGAAGUCGCUGAAGGAAAGUUGGAGGCUUAGUAGAGGUGAAGCUAACGAGAUGGGCACCGGAGCCGGGAGUAUGCACAUAUUUGCAUGGCAACAUGCAUUUUUGGAAACAAAGGGACGCGUUGCUAGGCGAAUUCAGAAGUGGAUGGAAAUUGGUGAAUUGAUGCCAUUGCAUGCGCCGAUUAGUUAA